GAUAUUACAGAGUUUGACCUGUUAAAGUAAAUGUUCCUCGGCUAUUUGGUUGGUAAAGCGUGACGGCGAUAAAAGUGAUAUCAGUGACGCACACGCCCAACAAAACUGAAAGUGCGACUGGUUUGUCACUGGACAGGACUCCCCAAAGUUAUACCACGAGGAUGAUGGAGCUUGUUUUUCUGCUCAUCUUCUUUCCUGUCACACAAUCAGUGAGACACUCCCUGAAAUAUAUUGUGACUGCAUCCUCUGGACUCCAAACCUUCCCAGAGUUUGUGGUUGUUGCUGUGGUUGAUGAAGUUCAGGUGGGAUACUGUGACAGCAACAUCAAGAAAGUAGAAUUCAAACAAGACUGGGUGAAAAAAUUAGUCAAAGAUCAUCCUCAGCACUCAGAGUGGCACACUGAUUCCUGUGUGUCUGUCCAUCUGAAUCUAAAAGCUGAAGUUGUUGAUUUGAAGCAGCACUUUAACCAAACUGCAGGUGUCCACAUUUUACAGUACAUGGUUGGCUGUGAAGGGGAUGAUGAGACUAAAGAGGUUAUUGGUUUUGGUCAGUAUGGUUAUGAUGGAGAAGACUUCUUAGUAUUUGACCUGAAGACACUGACAUGGAUCGCUUCACAACCACAAGCUGUCAUCAUCAAAUACAAGUGGGAUAGUAACAAAGCUAGAUCAGACAAUGUGAAGAACUUCCUCACCAAUGUUUGCCCUCAUUGGCUAAAGGAGUAUUUGGACUAUGGGAAGAACUCUCUGAUGAGAACAGGUAGAAUCACAUGAUCCGAUGUAGUUCAAUGGACACAAUGAUAUUUAUUUUCUCUUAUGUCGAUAAUGUGCAGUGACAUUAUAAUUAAAAUGAACUAACAUGUAGAGAAUUAUUGCAUAUAAUCAUCCGUAAUGUUUCUGUCUUUGAUGUUCGG